AUGGGCAAUCUGCCUCAGGGUCGAGUGACUCCCGGCGGUUUUCCCUUCGAGAGCGUUGACGUCGAUUAUGCUGGACCUAUUAUGUCCGCCAGUCGUCAAGGCCGUGGUUGCAAGCUUACGAAAGUGUAUAUUCUCAUCUUCGUUUGUUUUGCGACAAAGGCUGUACACGUGGAGUUAACAGGCGAUCUAACAAGUAAUAAUUACUUAUCAGCACUUCGUCGAUUCAUUUCACGUCGCGGAAAACCUAAACACAUAUACUCCGACAACGGAACUUCAUUCGUAGGCGCAUACAACGAAAUCGGUCGUUUUAUAAAAGACAAUUGCAAUUCACUGUCCGAGAAUUUGGCUCAGGAAAAUAUAAAUUUCCAUUUCAUUCCUCCGCAAGCCCCUCACUUUGGCGGUCUUUGGGAAGCAGGCGUUAAGUCAAUAAAAUAUCAUUUACGGAGAAUAUUAGGUAAUUGUAACCUUACAUACGAGGAAUUAAACACUGUGCUGGUUCAAAUUGAAGGUGUACUGAACUCUCGUCCGCUGACACCUCUCUCCACGGAUCCUGAUGACUUACUGCCAUUAAUCCCGGGACAUUUCCUCAUCGGCCGCCCCAUCACCUCUCUUCCUUCUCAAAAUUAUGAAGAAGUCCCUAGCAGUAGACUGAGUCGAUACGAACGCAUCCAACAACUUCGUCAACUUUUUUGGAGAAGAUGGAGCAAGGAAUAUCUCUCAGAACUCCAGCAGAGAUCAAAAUGGCGUUCCAAUGCUGACAAUUUAGGGACGGGUGAUCUUGUAGUUCUGAAGGAAGACAAUUUACCGCCGCUCAAAUGGCGACUGGGUCGAAUUACAGCCUUUCAUCCCGGAGCCGACGGCAUCAACCGCGUUGCCGAUAUCAGAACUGCCACCGGAAUCGUCCGAAGACCUUUCUGCAAAAUCUGCCCUUUACCUAACAACAAGGAAGGCUAA